AUGCCAGAAGAGAAGCUACCCGCGCACACCACCGCGGCCGAGACCAUGCUGUCGUUUGCCCCCGCGCCCAUCUUCACGGCCAACUGGGACCACCACCGCCCGGCCGUCUCCUCGCCGCUCUCGUCCUCGCCGCUCCGCGCCCCCGGCGCAGAAGAUGACGCUUCUUAUCUCCGCCAGACGCAAUCCUCGCCUAUCCAAGCCCCCAAGUUCAAGUACGCCGCGCGCGCGGCGGCGGCGCGCGCCAACCCGGUGCUGCGCCGCCGCGAGGACGCACAGCAGCAGCGCCGCGCCACGUUCCUGCGCAGCGUGCGUGAUAAAGCCGAGGAUAAGGCCUGGCAAAGGCGGGAUAUCGAGGGACAGUUUCUUAAAACGAACUGGAUCGCAGAUAUGGAUCGCCUGUCGCGCGAUGCGCCGGAACUCUCCGAGGCGGAUAUAGAAGACGCCUCGAGCUUCCAGCCGAUGGCGCCGCUAGCCGAUAGAGGUGACGAGGACAUGAAUGACCACGACGGCAACGACGACAUGGUGGAUGAGUAUGCCGAGGAUGCCGAGCUCGAGGCCAUGUUCGCCUCGUAUCAGCAGCAGCAACAGCAGCAACAGCAGCAGCAGCCGCCGCGCUCACCGGCGACGCGCCCGAUAUCGCCGUCCCUGUCCGACGACGAGUACGACGACAUUUUUGAGGAGCUGCUCUCGGCAAAGGAUAUCGAUCGGGCCAUGCAGACGCAACAAUUUGCAGACACGGCAGAUCAGAUGGACAUGGAAUAA